UAAUGUUCACGUCAACCUUUUAAAUUAAAAAAACAAAAUGAUUUUAUUUUUUUACAAAAUUAAAUUUUAAAAUAUAUAUAAAAUUUUGCACGGUGUUUAAAGAAAGAAAAAUAAUAAAGGAUUUUGUGAACAAGUGUUUUAGUGUUAUGCAAAUGUUUGGCAGUCUAUGUAUUUUCUGUUUCCAGAUUGUGACUAGAAUGACUUUUCUGAUGUAUUAGUUGUCUGUAUUCGUUACUCCAAAUUCGAAUCAAGCGAUCAUAUUUUUCAUAUAAAACUCAAUCGUUUUUUUUUAAAGAAAGAAAAUUGUUAGGAUUGUUACGUGAAGAAUGUCUAACGGUUCCACUCUUGAUGACGUGUUACCUUAUUUAACAUCCACCUCAGUCAAUGACAAACAUGAGAUGGGACGUUCUUCUGUGAAUGUCAAUCAAGAAUUUGAUCCAAACCGCUUUAAAAAUAAUCAAGUUCUUGACUCAUCCAUUUUUCCAGAUGAUCAUAGUAGAAAUAAUAAUGAAACCACUGAUACGAAUGCUGUUGCUUCAACAAGUCAUGACAAUAAAACAUUACUUAAUAGUAACGUGAAUCGAAUUAUUUUUCCUGGAGCCACGUGUUAUUUAAAACUUCUUGUAUCAAAUUUAGUCGCGGGUUCUGUCAUUGGUUCUAAAGGUUCGACUGUCACCCAUAUUAGUAAUGCAACCAAUUGUUCAAUCAAAUUAUCAAAUGCUAACUCGUAUUACCCCGGAACGAAUGAGAGAGUUAUAGUGAUUACUGGCCGAUUACAGGAACUUCAAAAAGCCUUUGCUAUGAUUCUUGAACGUAUUCAAGAAUCCAACACAACUUCUAAUUUGUCUUUUCCCUUAAUGAAAUCGUCUUUUUCUCAAGAUGCGUCAACAGCCAAUUCUCAAGACUCACGCCUUCUUGUUAAAAUUGUCGUUCCUAAUUCAGCAGUGUCCCAAAUCAUAGGUAGACAGGGUACCGCUGUCAAGGAAUUGCAGGAAAAAACAAAUACGAAAAUUCAAAUAUCCAAUCGUGAUGAUCGUCAAUUGAAAGAACGCGUUGUUAAAAUCACUGGUUUACUAGAAAAUGUAACGGAAGCAUCAACGCAUAUUAUUGAAUCCAUUCAAACUGAUCCACAUAUUAAAGAUCAUACCAAAGUUGAUUACUCUACAAUACCUCAUCAUCCAUCGCCUCAAUUUGAUUCUUUAGAUUUCUGCUUGCCUGGAAUGAUAACACGGGGUGCUUAUAUCACUCCUCAAUCUGGAUUCAAUAUUUCUGGGAGUGUUGGCAAUCGAGCGAUGAUGGGAAAUUCUGCAGGCUCAAUGGAUACAACAUCACAUUUACCUCCGCAUUUAAAUCAACAAAAAUCUCUUACGCCUUUAUGUCAUCCAAAUUCGUCUUGUACGUUUUACAAAAUUUCUGUUUUUCUUCAAACAGUUUCACUUUUAGUAGAUAUCAACGACCCUCUUUUAUGGAAUUCUCCUCUGUCUGGUCCUCUACUUGAUUAUAAUAUAGAAAUUCCAGAUAGUUGUAUAGGUUUAUUAAUUGGAAAAAAUGGUGUCACCUUGCAAAAUAUUCAAGAACAAGCCGGUGUCAAAAUUCAAAUAUCUGGAAAAGGAGAACUGGUGCCUGGAACGGAAAACCGCAGACUUACUAUUAGUGGUAAUCCAGUCCGCAUUCAAUGUGCUGCUGUGCUUUUACAGCACAAAUUGCAGGCUAUUAAAAAUGCACCACGUCCCCAUGUUUCAUCUUCUACUCAAUCCAAUAGGUAUUCAAUAGAACAACAAACCUCAAAUAAUUCUUCUGUACAAGAAGCAGCACAUUCCACAAAAUAUAAAGCUUCCUAGUAAUUCUUGAUUCCACUAAUUCGUGAUCUAAAUUUAAAUUUUCCAUACUACCCUACAAAAAUCCUUGAGACAAAAACAAAUGUUAUUUGUAGAACACUUUGUCUAUUGAAACGUUAAAUAUUUAUUAAAUGAUCACAAAUGUUUUUUACAUGAAAUUUUUUUUUAAAUUAAAAACGAAAAAGAGAAAGCAGUAUGAAUAAUUUAAAGAUAAAA